AUGGCGGAGGCAGCCUUUGCAGCAACGGAGCUGCUGGACGUGGAGUCACUCACCACCGACCUGUCAAGCGCCGUAGAACAAAUAUUUAUUAGCGCCUACUUCCGCAAAUCUUUACGCUUCAGAACACUCAUCAUCAAGCCAUGCAUAGUUGGUGAAAGAGCGGCAUUGAGGGAUAUCGUACAGAGGGCAUGGGAUCUAUCUCUCAGCAUGCAGAAGGACUUGGUCUCUUGCCAGGCAAAGGUAACAAUUGCACCGAAGGAUCCCAAGACCAAGGACUUCCGGCCAUUUGAUAGCAGAUGCGUCGAUGGUGUUUUGAAGGGCAUGGGCACUGAGGACGGUGAUCAGGUCCUAGGAACAUUCAGGUUUGGGUUUGAGCAGAUCAAUGAAUAUGGUGAAAGAAAAUGCUUCAUUCGUCCCGAAGUAAUCACAGAAUCUCUCCUUCAUAACAGCGAUCAGAUGUAA